CACAUGUAAACACGGAAGUGCAGCUGCUGCUGUGGGUAAAGGUAAAAUGAAGCGAUGUUACAGGUGAAAAACCGCCUGAGGUUCAGCUCCGUGGCGUUGGCCGCAGUCAGACUGUUCUCUGGACCCACCAAGAACCCCGUGGUGUUCCUGGACAUCGAGGCGGACGGAGAGCCCCUGGGAAGAGUCAUCAUUGAGUUAUAUGCAGACUCAGUACCAAAGACAGCUGAAAACUUCCGCGCUCUGUGCACUGGAGAACAUGGCUUUGGAUACAAGGGCUGCGUGUUUCACAGGAUCAUACCCGAGUUCAUGUGCCAGGGAGGAGACUUCACCAAUAAUAACGGGACAGGAGGAAAAUCUAUUUAUGGAACGAAUUUUAAAGAUGAAAACUUCAAGUUAAAACACACAGGACCAGGUACUCUUUCAAUGGCAAACUCAGGCCCCAACACUAACGGCUCCCAGUUUUUUAUCUGUACCAAGAAAACAGACUGGCUGGAUGGCAAACAUGUGGUAUUCGGUCAGGUAAAGGAGGGCAUGGAUGUGGUUACCAAGAUGGAGUCCUUUGGUCUCCAUGACGGCGGAGUUCUUAAGAGGAUAGUCAUUGUGGAUUGUGGGGAGAUCAAAUAAGCCACGUGGACUUUAUCAACUGUCACUAUGCAGAAACUUGACUAUCAGCUCAGUCCUGUCUUCCAUUUCCUGACACUUGAAGGAGAAUUUUAACAAGAUCAAUGCACUUUUGAAAUGUACUUAAGGAACACUACUAACCAGGUUUAACUGUUGCCUGACAUUUAAAUGUUUGUGAUGUAAUAUUGAGGAUGUCCUGCCAAAUAAAGCCACUUUAAGAUGA